UACAUUUGGUAGUGUCUAUCAGUUAGACGUAGUAUCCACGUGUGUAUAAUGAUGAUGGUUGAAACGGUCAACGAAUAUUGCUGCUAACCCCCCUACUAAAGAUUUUGAUUGUACAGAUUUGAGUAGCAGUCUAUAUAAAUGAGUCAAAGCGAGUUAAAUUUAUUUCAAAAACUUGGCCACCUAUAUUACUAAACCCUUAAAAAUAUAUGCGUAGAAUAAAUGAAACUGAGGUUAAACAUCCGAUUAACCUACUAAAAAUUAUAUCACCUGAUUUUACAAUAACCCGAAAACGCAAAAAUCAAAAUGAUACAGGUUACAAUAAAUCAGUGCAUUCAGUUUACCGGUAUAUUUUAAAUAGCAGGAGAAAAUGUAAAAUUACUCAAAAAAUUCAGUAUCUAUGGAACUUUUGAAAACGGACAAUCACAGCAGAACAUCAACACCAACUCAUAUGAAACAUUUUCAUCCUACAGUUUCUAGAAUAUCUGAUAUCUUAGCGCCUAUUAAUUACAAUCAGUGUUCAUGUAUUGGAAUACGCCAUGCAACCUAUUCACAUACUAAACUUAAUACUGUUUCCAACAUACACAUUAUUGAACAACCAUUAGUGGAUAAAUCCAGAUUUUCAUGUCCAAUAGAAUUUUAUAGAAAAUAUCAAUCCUUACAAAAUCUUAUGGCUUCAAAUGAACAAAAUUCUACAGAACAACGUAUACCGUUAUCUGGAUAUAGUCAGUCAUCAUUGGCUACAGUUCACUUACAAUCAAAUACUCACAGUUUAAAACAAUUUUACCAGUCUCUUUCAACACAUGUCAUAGUUUGUAAAUAUCCAGUUAAUUUAUACAUACGAUACAUGAAUAGAUUUAAAAUUCCAAGUAUCGAUUUAAUUCAGAUAGACGAUUUAUGGAAUCAUAUUGGUUGGGGUUAUUUGAUCGCUAUAGCAGAACGAAAUCAGGAACUGCCUCAUUCAUUUGAAUCAAUCGCUUUAAUCUUAUGUCAACCAAUUACAUUUAAACAAUUAUGGAAAGGUUAUGUUUUAUUGCCGAAGAAACUUGGAAAUUCUCAUAUAUCUACUCCACAGCCUCUAAAUCCCGAAUUCCUUGAACAUCAUGUUAAACAAAUUCAUAAGGAUUUCAUUGAUACAUUGAAUCAUAGUCAUUGUGUUGUCAUGGAGUUGCAAAAUUUCAGUGGUAAAGUACAAAUGAAGCACAAAAAACUAAAAUUUUCGUCGAUAUUAAAGUCACUUUUUAUGCGACGUCGACAGAAUGUUACAAAGACGUCAACAAACAAUCAGGACAACUUCAGGAGGAAACGUUCAACUAGUGUGAAUGAAGUUACUUCUGAGUGCUGUGUAUGCAAAGUAACGUCAAUGGAAUCAGGCACAAAUUGGAAAAUUUAUCAACAAUCAGUGGAAUUUUUUACCGAGCUUGAUGGAUUAAUCAGUAAUGCUAUAGCAUUCCGCUUUAAACCAGAAUCAGAAAGGCAACUGGAAAUUAAACAGUACAAAGCAGCCACACUGUUACAACAGAAUUCAGUCGUUCAAUGUGGUAAAAGUUUAUCAGCAUCAUCACUACUGAGUAUGAAAAACCAAAUAUCCUUACCAUGUCUAUUUAAACAUGUCUAUUCAAUUAGUAGGGAGGAUUUACAGACUAUGAGAGCAGUUUAUGGUUUCCAAAUCUAAUUGAAAAACAACUUUCACUUCGCUUCUGUGUAUAAUUAGUAGCGUAUAAUGUUAGAAUUUAUUUUUGUGUUUUGUAAGAUUGUUUUAUUACUAUGAUAUUUGAUAAUAGUAUUCCAU